AUGAGUGACGACAAAGACCGGUCACUUCUACAGCUUAGCCGGCACUAUCGCGCGUCCAUCAUCUCGCAGCUUGUCGACAUAGGUCGCGAGUGCAAGAGCAUGUUAAGUUUCGCUCCUUCAUCAGCAGCCUCCAGUGUCUCCAGCCCAAAGGCUCGGAGCUACGCCGUCGUUCGAUCAACACCUUCCGCCAGCGGCGUCCGGAACUGCGUUCUCGACCGCAUCCUCCGCUAUAGGCGCCACACCGACAUCCGCUUCCUUUGGAUCGAUGCCCACAGUAUCCGUCAAGACACAUGCGGGGUCGACGAUUGCGACCGUUACCCCCGCUGCGUCGAGAAACGCGACGCCAUACAAGCCAUGGACCUCGUCUAUCAGCUCAGCAAGCACCCUGUGGCAUUGCUAGGCCGGCCGCUGCAACGCGGAUCCGAGUUGCACCUCCUCACUCAAAUCCUUUCGGGGGACCUUGUCGACGGCGAUCGCGAGUUUCGGUUUUCACCAAGGACUAAUGUUAAAGUGGCGAGGAAAGCACUGCUGCUGGCCUUCCACACCAGAACUCGAGAGUUUCGCUUUAGACCAGCAACUUGCCUCUAG